GCCGUCUGGAAGUGACGUAACCGGGAGUUGAGCGCGGACCGGGUUCGGGGCCGGGGCGCUGGGAUGCGGAGCUCUCAGUGGCUGUCCGAGCCCCUGGGCGCCAGGGUCGGCCAGGCGGGCCACGGCUCUGGAGCGCGGCGCUGCGGCCUCUACCUGUGUCUGAGGAAGACGGCGGGAGCGGCGGCCCACCUGAGUGCACUGGGGCUGAGCAUCUACGUGGGAGUGCUGAGCCGCCUGGGAACCAGUCGUUUCUCAUGGCACCCAGCCUGCAUGGCUGUAGCAGUCUGCUUUUGUAUGACUGAAGCCAUUCUGAUCUUCUCAAUGGACAGCUCCCCAUUUUUUUGUUGCUCAGUUAAAGCCAAAGUGCGACUUCACUGGAUGAUGCAAGUUCUUGCUGUGAUCAUUGGUUCCAUUGGCCUCAUUUUCAUUGUUUCCAGCAAGAACAUCUCCGAGUCCCCACACCUUACCUCUUGGCACAGCAUCCUUGGAAUCGGGACUGCGAUUGCUGUUUGUGGUCAGUUGCUGUGUGGCCUCUGCCUUUUGUUUCCAAAGUUGAUCAAUGCCUACUCAGUGACCAGGCUGCGACUUUACCAUGCCACCUGCGGUCUAGUGGCUUACCUGAUGGGGACGGCUACAGUAAUGCUGGGCUUGUGCUCUGAUUGGUUCAAAGCCCAGGUUAAUGUGAUUUUGUGGUACUCAUGCUUAAUUGUUCCACUGAUUCCAGCUCUCGUUAUUAUGAACCAGGUCAAUAAUGGUUACUUGUCCAAGAAGAAAAUAGUGAUUUAAUGUUGGAUCAACAUCAACAUUGUGUUCAUAGCACAACAAUCACAGCCAAUGUGUCCAGAAAAGAUGAGCUUGAGAGAUGAAUUUGGAGCUAAUUCUGUGAUUGGUUUGGGCAAAUACUGAGCAAAACUGGCUACAAGAAACCUUUUAAAAUUCCUUUUUCCUUCACCUCCGUAUCAUGUCCACAUCUAUACUAACAAAUUAAUGAUUCUUUUUCAACAUUGUCUAAUCUCCAUUCCUGCUCCCUGUGGGCUCUCAUUAGUCUUUUUUACAGACGAUGCCAGACUUUGUCUGGAGUUCUGUAGUUCGGUGAAUGCAGGGCAAAGAGUAAAUUUAUGGACAUGCUAUCUCCAGCUUGGUCAUGGAAUGAAUGGACUGUCCAAGCAGGAAGAAAAAACUUUAAAUCAUUAAAAAUGCAUAUAUAGCUUAAAACAUUUAUUUUUAUAUUUCUAAAUCCUUUUAGCACCAAUGAUGGAAAUACUUCUGUAUAAAUCAUAAUCAAUAUGAUCCAAAGAUGUAUUAUUUAAGCAAUGGUGUAUAUGUUAAUAUUUUUAUGUUUACACCAUCUAAUGGUUCUGUGUUGUAUUCAUUAUAGGCAUCAUGUGAAACUAUACCCCCAGAUUCUUAGUCUUUUCCUCUUGUGCUAUAUGCAGACUCUGGAAAUUUUGUUCUAAUAUUUGUCUCUGGGUAGUAAGGUGUGCAGUAUCUUUAGGGUGACAUUGUAGGAUCUUUAUACAUUUUCAUGCUGAACAAAUGUUGCUGAUUGGCGUGAAUUUGUAAAUUUAAAAGUAUUUUGGGAUCUUCAAAAUUUUUAAUAGUAGAACCCAUCACUGUAUUGAAACUAGUUGAACUUUAUCUUUUAUUUUAGUACAAACAAUGUAAGAUCAAAAAUCUAAUAGAGGUUACCUUAUCUGAGGGCUGAAUGACCUGAUGUGAGCUAUAAAAUAGCUUUGCAAAUAUAUUCCCACAACUUUACCUGCUGGGAUGCUAAAGGAUGAAAUCCUCAGGUUGCUUGUGUAGAAUAGCAGGUAGCUAAAUAUGUCAGAGGCAAAAUUAUUCAGGUUAAAUCUUAUGUAAGCUGGUCAAAUAUACCAGUGGCUAUGCAAAAUUAUUUUAUGCUAAAAUUUUAUCAAGUUUUAUAAUAGACUUAACAUUCAAGUGCUGCUAACAUAUUUGGAAUUUUGAUUAAUCCACCUCUGCUUGCUUGUUUCUGGUUCAAAUUACUUGAGUGAGUGUGGUGAUAAACUCAAUACAGCUUCAGUUAUUAUCAUGACACAAUUUGGCCCUAAUUUCACUUUACUAAUCGUUGGUCUGAGAAGUGGCAGUAAGGAAUACAUUUUUGAGAGCUUGUUUGAAAGCCCUAACAUCUGCUUCCUCAGAAGUAUUCUUCAUUGUUUUCUUUAUGAUGUAAACCAUUGAACUGGGCAGCUUGAGUGUAUUUGAUAUAUAUGCCCUAAGUCAAAUCAUUUUUCUUUUUUUUUCCAACAAUGAUGCUCUUGAAUGACUGAAAUAUUCCUGAAAAAUGAAAACUUGUUAUUGGGUGCAAUCAUUUUUUCUCUACUUAUUCACCAUCUAUUUCUAUUCAAUAUUUCGCUUUAAAUGGUAGUGGACUUAUGCUAAAGUUACCAUUAGUGAUGCAGUGGACCAAAAUCAAAUUCUAGGCUAAAGUUGAAAUAUUCAGUGGUUUGCACUCCAGUUGGAUUGAGCACUUCUGGCGUGUUUAACCAGUUCAUUUAGAGAAGGUUGCUCGGUGAAGGGUCAUGAAUUUUCUGAAAAGCAGAUUAAUUAUUUUGCACUAUCUGGUUUCUGACACUAGAUGUCACUGUUUCACAGUAUUUUAAACAUACCAGCCAUAUGCAUUACAGGAUGUCAUAUGGAGCUUUGUGUAUUAUCUGUGAAUUUUUCUUGUACUCGGCAUAAUUUUAAUUUUUGACUAUAAUAAGAUGGUACCCCUUUAUCAUGCAUGAUAAAAAUCACAAUGGGUGUGAAAAUAAUGUGCACUGUAAAAUUGAACAGUAAUACUUUUGUCAGAAUCUUUGUUCUUGGUGAUCUCAAGGCCAUGUGACAUAGUACUUAUGAAGGGACCUCAAAUUUGUACAUGUACAACAAGGCAGUUGGUAUCUGAAAAAUGCAAAUGUUGGAAGUUAUGUCAUUACCAAAACAUGUUUUCUGCCAAUAUUUAGUGUCUAAAAGUGAGACAACAAACAAAAAAGGGAUAUUGUGUGUAUGUGUAAUGGAAUCAAGGUAUAUGUGCAUAGUAUAUGAAUGUAAGAUAUCAUAAACCCAGAUGGUUCACUUCUAAUCAUCUGCCUUGAAGUACAUAUCAGAUGACAAUUGUCAAGGAAGGUGCAGUAAGUCUUGGUACAUAAAUAUAAGUUUUAUAUUAUAUUGCUUCACUAAGGUCUUUAAUUUGAAUUAAUGUUUUCAUUUUUGCUUUGGCUUACAUGAUUUCCAUCAAUUAAGAAAUGGGGUGCCACAGUAGUGCGGCAGUGAGCACGACACUAUUACAGGUUGAGGUGUCGGAGUUCAGUUCUGGCAUCCUCUGUAAGAAGUUUGUAUGGACUUCCCGUGAGUGUAUGGGUUUCCUCCAGGUGCUUUGGUUUCUUCCCACAGUCAAAAGAUGUAGUGGUUAGCAGGUUAAUUGAUCAGUGUAAAUUCUCCAGUGAUUAGGUUAGGAUUAAAUAAGUGGGUUGCCGAGAGGUGCAGCUCGUUGAGUUGGAAGGGCCUUGUUCUGUGCUGUAUCUCUAAAUAAAAAUAAAUAAAUAUAGUUUAUGUCACUUGAGACCAAGCCAAAAGCUGAGAAGUGAUAACUUGAAAGAAAAGUCUUCUGUAUGUUAUUUAUGAAGUGUGCUGAUGCUGGGUUGCCGCAGGACAAUUGUGAGAUUUGUGGUUCAUUUUAUGUGUUCUUGUUGAGAAAGAAAUAGAGGAAAUCACCAAGAGGUCCUCAAAUAAUGCCACAGCACUACUCUUGAGAGUUAGUAUGGUAUGUUGGUUUGAUACUUUGCUUCAUUAACCUGAAGGUUAUGAAUGAGGAAGGUUGUAUUAUUUAUCUAGAGUGACCUGUACCACAUCCACGCUUUCUGACCUGUACGCUGGAACUACUACCUUCACCAUUCCAAACAUUAUAUCUAACUGCUGUGUAAAUGGCUAUCAGGCUUUUAGCUAUACAACUUUAUUUUAGAGUCUAUUCACACAAAAACAAAAUGAUAUACAGUGGAUUCUGCUUAAUUGGGACCAGUACAUUUUGGCUCAAUUAGCCAAAGUUUCAUGGAAAUAGUUGAAAAGGAAUAACAAAGCAGAGUAACAAAUUAUGUAUUUAAAUGAAAUGCAGAACAAUGCCAAAACUACUUUGGUACAUUAAAACUGUAUUGGUUCCUAAUAGUUAUCAAAGGAGAAAUUCAUUCAGUAUAUGCUGACAUGUUCUUUUGAUAGACUAUAAACAAAAUCAGUUCAAACACCUAGUGCAGAUAAUGGACUGCCUUCAAACAGUACUUUUGACAGUUGUAUCCACCAAAUCUUUAUUUUAAUUGUAUCAUUCAAGACUGUCAAUACCUUCAAAUUCUUUGUAGUUCCUAACUUGUUGAAGUAGUGAAAUCAUUUCAUUUCACACCCAGUCGUUUCUGGUAUUUCCAAGACUGAAUGCUUGAAAUCGCAGUGAGCAAAACUCUUCUGAAUUGUCUUACUGUUUAUUGCUUGUCAACUAUCAGUGGCAAAAAUCACUGCUUUUUGAGCAUAAGCACUCAAGUGACACUAUUUAAAAAAUGUUCAGUUUAAGCAUGAUGUAGUGUUCAAUAGCCACUCAAUGGGUACGUGACUGAUGCUAGUUAGAAAAUGUUUAACAGCAGUCUUCUGCCCCAAUUUAAGCAGUUUAGCGUUCCAGAUAAAUGAAGGGAAUCCCAGCUAUUGCCCCGAUUAACUGAUGGCCCAAUUAACCAAAAUCUACUGUAUUUUAAAUAUUAAUACAAAAUAUAAAUUCUUCCCCCUGGAACCCAUUGAGCUUCCUGAUAAUUCAAAAUGUAUUUGAUUUAGCAAUGAGUCAAUCAGUUCAUAUGACUUAUUCUAUUUUAAUCUCCCCUCUGAAAUUAAAAAUAAUUCUAAAAUAUAUAAAAUUUGUGAAGUUCUGCUAUACCAGCCAUCUGUUAGUGCCUAUAUGAAGCACUGGCUGAGCUGCACCAAGUGAGGUAAUAGUUCAAUCCGUGGUCUGUGAAGAGUCAGCUUUUCCUUGACUAGAUUGGCUGUUUGAAGCAGCAGCUAUCAGGUCAGGACAUGAACAAUCAUUGUUCAUUUGAUCCUCAAGGAAAUGUUUUACCUAUAGAUAGAACCAAUACCAGCUGUGGCUUGAAUAGUCUGUCAGGGACUGUCACGAUCAAUUGUAAGAACUCUGAGAGAAAUAAAAGCUGCGCAUGCACAAAGCUGUUUUGUCUGAACACUCUUGAGGCAAGAGAAAGGCAUCACAGGCACCAUUUCAAUAUUUGAAGUUUGGCUAUGCCAGGAAACAUUUUCCGUGUAUAGUAGCCGAAUCCAGCAAGUUUCUUCCCCAGAAAGGGCAUAUGUGCAAGGGAUCACUAGUUUCAAGCACAUGUACUGGGUUUUAUUAAGGGGCAGGGUAAUCAGAAACCAUUUCUUAUUUGUAUAACAUAUGAGAUAUUUAAGUUCUAUUUAUUGAACAUCUUUGUUGUUUUAACCAUACUGAGGGGGAAGGGUCUUCGAAGUGGUAGAAUGGUUUGUGGAGCCUGUUACUGAUUAAUGUUUGUAUAUUUAAAAGUAAGACAUUUCUCAAUUUACAGUAAUAGCUUGCAUAAGUAAAUUAGGCAGUGGUGCUGUGAGUUCUAAUGGAAGUAUGUUAUUGCACUGGAAGUAGCCAGAUAUUGUUCCUCUUUGCACCUUGUGGUACAUUGGGUGGCAACUUUGCAGUUUCUUUAGCACUAGAUAUGAGUCUCCCAAAUGGUGCAAUACUUAGGAUGUGAGUUUUCUUGAAAGGUAAUGGACUUGAAGCUGCUUUAGGAUAUGCAUAUUUAAUUAAAUUUAUAGUGAGGUUCUUUUCAAUUUCCCCUUUUACAUAAAAUUGCAAUGAUUAUAUGUCAAUCACCACUGAACAACUCUUCUACAGCACAUUUCCAAAUACUUUCCAUAAACGGGACAAGGAAUAAGUCACCAAAUGCCCUUCAUUGCAAGUGAAAAUGGAAAUGAUAUUUCAGGGUGAACUUCUGUGCUGAUUCAAUCAUCAGCUGUAAGAUUUCUUCAUUCUUUUUAAACUCAGGUUACCUUUUGGUGUCUUCAAGCAUUUAAUUUUAGCUGUUCCCUUUAUACCCUUUGAAAGUUGAUCAGUCACACCUGUACAUAGAACAGUACAGCACAGAACCGGGCUCUUUGGCCCACAAUGUUGUGCUGACCCAACUAAAAAGUAAAUUUUUGAAAGAAAACCAAUCCCUCCUACUACACAAUAUCCACAUCCUUUCAUCUUCCUCACAUUCAUGUGCCUAUCUAAGCGACUCUUAAGAGCCUCUGUUAUAUUUGCACCAUGCCAGGCAUCCACCACUCUCUGAGGAAAAAACUUGCCCCUCACAUUACCUUUGAAUCUAGCCCCUCUUGCCUUCAAUGCAUGCCCUCUGGUAUUAGACAUUCAACCCUGCGUAAAAGAUACUCCCUGUCUACUCUGCCUUGCAUUUCAAUUCAUAAAUACCACAGUCCCUGCAAAGUCACAAUCAUCAUGCAGUUUACAGUUUUGGAGGUGAAAAGAAUAGAAAUGUCAAUUUUUUUUUGAAUUAUUUUCAGCAGAGCACUCUGUGUAAAAAUUAUUUGCUACUAAAUACAUUUAUUUCAGGUUAAGAAGAAUAUUGGGUGAUGGUGGUUGUUUUUGUCUAGGUGUCUUGCUGCUGGCUGCCUACAAUCUGCCUGGAGAAAUCCUAGUUUAUUUUGGAUCUGUCUUGAUCAACAUUAAAGGUGCUUUAAUGUUAGAGCAACUUUUGAUUCUGACUCCAUGGGUCUACCCUCACUCCUAGUUACUUUUCAGUCUAUCCUGGCUUAAUUUAUUGGACUAUAGUUUUGGUUACAUUUCAACUGUUUUCACUACUGAGUAUGUACUGAGUGUUCUGCUUUUUACAGACCAAGUGAAACUCGGUCUUUUUUACAUUUACACAGGUGAAGGGCUUGAGGUAAAAGGCUGCAGGAUUUUAAUGACUUCAGCCAUUCUAGAAUAGGAUCAACAAUGAAUGUAUUGUUGAUGAAUGUACAAUUUACAGUCAAUUCACCUGGAUUCAGCUUGACUCCUUUGCCCUCCACCUCUCUGAGGUGUAGAUGGCAGUAUUAAAAAGGAUCAGCGGUAAUGAUUUUAUGUCAUACUGCAAUCCCCUUGCUUGAUCCUGAUGAAGGGUCCCAAUCCAAAACGUCGACUGUUUAUUCCUUUCCAUAGAUGCUGCCUGACCUGCUGAGUUCCUCCAGCAUUUUGUGGGUGUUUCCUUUGCUUGAUGUCCUUCCUGAUAUUAAUGGGGCAGUCUUUUUCUCAUUUACAUCUGUCACGUAUUUGCAUCUGUGCACAAGAUCAGCAAAUUUUGGGGGGAGCUGCUUACAUCCGAGAGUUUUUAACAGCACUUUAUGUCUUACAGUAUUUUAUGUUAAUGCCAGAUCUAUAAAAAUAAUUGUCAAUUGUUUAUGGAUUCUUUUGGAUCUUGCAUAUAAUGUCUUCUGGUAUAGUAAUAUUCUUAUUGCACUCAGUACCAAAAAAAAGACACCUAAAAUUGAUGUUAACUUACUAAGCCUCUUCAUUGGAAUUUCCAUGAAGAAGUAGACCCAAAGGUAAUAAGCCGUUAGUUAUCAGUAUCUUCCAGCAACUCUGAAGACAGCAUGACUUGUUUUCAGUGCACUUGGAAUGGCAACUCAGCCAUAGAAGAGUCUCAGAAAGAAGUUUAAUCUUCCAGAGUGUAGAAGGAGUGUAUGAUUUAAGAAGUCAGAGGGCAUUAGUGUUCCUAUGAGCCUGUCAUUUGUGGGUUUGGGAGGUGUUGGUGAGCAACAUUUUAAAGAAAUAGUGUGCUAUGGCUUUGAUACUUUGAUAGAGGAUGUGAAUGUAUAUGCAAGUGACUGAUUUGUCUAAACAAUGCCAAGUUUUUUUUAUAUAUUAAGGUUUGCGGCCAGGAGCAAAGAUACGCAGAGAAUCUCGUGAUUGUGUUUAUGAGAAUGGAUGUGGAAACAACAGUUUCAGCAAUAAAUCUUUUAAUUUAAAACAUUUCUUAAGCAUCUUUUGAUUAAGCAUGAUUUUGAUUAGUAGGAUCCUCUGGAAUCAGUCACUCUGCCAAUCUGUGUAUGGCCAAAUCUCUGAGAGUGAGUUAUGGGCUAGCUAAUGUAUUUUAAUCUGACUUAAUGACAAGUCUUGCUACUCUGAACUAGGGACACCAUCUGCACAUUGUAGAUGCUUGGUGCUUGAUCAGAUGUCUGUGCUUCAGUAUUGUCAACUUGAGCAAGGACUAUUGUAGUACUCAGAUUCAUUUAUUUAUACCAUGUACAUUGAAACAUACAGUGAAAUCUUCGUGUUAACAGCCAACAGAGCCAGCCCACAAGUGUCACCACACAUUCCGGUGCCAGCAUAGCAUAUCCACAAUGUUUAGCAGAAACUAUGUUCCUUAGUAUUUUCAUAGAGACCAGAACCAUACAGGUAUGCCUGUAGUUGAGCAGGCAACAGGGUCCAGAUUUGACUGUGCAUCAUACUCUUGGCACAUCAGCUUAGAUUAUCUGCUGUAGUCUCUAAGGAAGACUGCAGGUUCCAGUGCCCUCAGUGAACCACAACUAAUCUUGUCUAGUUCCAACCUUCGUUUCAGGAGAGUGCGACCACAGGAACUUCAAUUUUACUUGCUUCACUAUAAAAUCCAUGGUAUAGAUAGAUAUCCCAGAGGAAAUUACAGUGUCACAGUAGCAUUGCAAGUGUACAGAUAGACAAAUAUUAGAAGAGAAGUAUUUUAAUGCACCACAUGACCAAAAUGCAAGCUGGGUCUUGUUUUCAUUUUUCUUGGCACAAAAUAUUUAAAAUAGAAUUUUGUGUUAGCUUGGAUACAAUGAAAGACAUGAUUACAUAUUUAGCCAUCUGUUGUAUUUACAAGAAUUACACGUACAUCUGUGUGCAUGUGCGCAUAUUGAAUUUAUUUUUCUACUCAAAAUGUCAAUCCCAAAGUGUUUUUGAUUUAAAUAAUGUCCUUCUCAAUGCUAUUAUAUAUGCUCUGCAACUGCACCUGUUCUUCCAAAUGUAAUGUUGUGCAAUGUGACUUAUCACAUCAAGCCUCCACAUAACAUUUAAAAAUUAUAGCUAGUACACAUUUUCUUAUAUUUAGAGUGUUUCUCAGUAAACUAUGCUAAAAUGCACUGUAAAUAAGAAAAUAUGUGCUGUUUUUGGCACAACAAAGGACCUAUGUACAAUAAAUAUAUUGUUGAAGUGUUGGAUGAACUUUGAUCAGGAUCCCUUGUCUCUUAAGAUAGUAUGCUUUGCUCUCAGGUUUUUAAACUUGUUCAUGGAUUAUUGCAAUUCUGUUCUAUUUUAUUCCACAUUAUUACGUCGUUUUGUUGUCAUACUAGCUUGAUGAAAAUGCACUAUAUGUUCUAACAAAUGGAAUUGUGAUCAUCUAAACUCUGCUUUUUUAAUAAAAAUGUUUUUAUUGAAUUGACACAAAUGUA